AUGGCAGGCAAACGGUUAAUUUCGCCUGCAAAAUCGGACUACGUUGAUGUAGCCGAAGACAAUGAGUCAGUUGAAGGUAUUAGUGAACUAUUAGAACCAGUGAGUGUCAGCCAAGCGCUAUUCAAACACCAGUAUAUGACCGACAGAGUGUAUGAAAGUGCCUUACGGCUUCAUUACCAUAUAGAGUCAACUCUCCAUCGUGUUAAAUCAGAGCUACACGAGAAAGACGUCCAGAAGGCCAUCGAUGAUUACAAAGCCUCUACACAGCAGACAACUCCAAUCAUAUACAGACAGGCAACUCUCCCAGAGAUCCCUCUCCCAACAUUCGCAGGCGACUCAUCAACGUGGACGCAGUUUCGGGACAUGUUUACGUCCCUUGUUCACGAUCGGGAAGAUCUCAGACCAGUAGCCAAACUACACUACCUGAAGGCCAACGUAUCAGGUCCCCCACUUCAACUGAUCCGUCAUGCUGUAAUGAAUGAUGAUGGAUAUGAGCCAGCAUGGAACCAGCUCAAGGCCAGGUACGAUGAUCCAGAACAACUCAUCUUUGCCCACAUUAAAGACUUGUUUAGUGUGACCACACCCUCAUCAAAGGCAGCUGAACAACUCGAUAACCUGGUAGGCGUGGUACGCCAAAACUUAGAUGCCUUGAAGGCACUCAAUGUCCCAGUCGACUCAGCAAACUACUUCUUGGUAUACCUGGUGGCCAGUAAACUUGAGCAGCCGCUACGUGAGUCAUGGGAACUCGAGCGAAGUAGGUCUCGCUCACCGACAACUCUAGACAGUCUACUCAACUUCAUCUCAACCAGGGCACGUGCGAUGGAGUCAGCUCAAGAUGCAGCCCGUCAAGCAAAACGGUGGCCUACUCCAGUGAUCACCAGAAAAUCAAGAUCACAACAACAGUCUACUCACCAGCAGACGACUCACCCACAGACAACUCGAGCCUCCACGCAUGGGGCUCAAAAACGACAAGCAGACUACCCGUGUGAUCAAUGCAGCAGCCUAGAUCACUACUUGGCUGACUGCAAAGCGUUCGUAGGACUCUCCCAGCAAGAAAGGUACAAGCUGGUCCUCGCAGCACGGCUGUGCUUCAAUUGCUUCGGCCACCACUCCAUCCAGGUGUGCCAGUCAGAGAAGCGAUGCAGCACGUGCAAUUUAAAGCACCAUUCAAUGAUUCACACGCCCAGGACAGAGUCUCUAAGAAAAAGAGAAUAUGGCCCUGGCCAAGAACCGCAGCCGACUCAUAGCAGCCACCAUCCAUCAACCUCCCAGUGA